CCUGUAUCUCAUCGCCACCAACGGCACGCCCAAGCUCAAGCACCCCGAGAAGAUGGGCUCGCAGUUCAAGAGCUUUCUCAGCCGCUGUCUGGAGGUCGAUGUCUCGAAACGAGCAGACAGUGAGGAGCUCCUCUCGCACCCGUUCUUCAAGCAAGCGGCCCCUCGCAGCGCCCUGGUGCCGCUGGUGAAGAAGGUCAAGAGCGCCGGCAAGUGAACGCCCCCUCUGCUCGGUACUCGGACGGACAAGUCGCUCGAUGCUGCUGGGUCGGCUGGAUGGCCUGCCCCUUGUGUCUUUUGGCCCCGGCGAGUGCUGUUGCGCCGCUCUGGCCUGUCUCCAGCAAGAGUAUUUAUCGUUAGUCACCCUCGUUAGUUUCUCCCUCACUCUGUUUGUCCCCACUUUCUCUCGUCUACCUGGCCCUCCCGCACCUCCCUCCGCACACACAAGCACAUUCUGUGUUUCUGAUACUCGUGGGCUGGCCACUUCCAUGCUUUGCUUUCUCCCUCCUUCCCUCUACUAUGGCUGUGUUACCGCACUCUUCUUGAAUGAUAGAUGCGCCCACCACCACCGCCGCCCGCCAGCAGCAGCAGCCGCGCAUGCUGGCUCUCCGGCGGCUCGGCCUGUUCUCUGGCGCAACAGACGAAUUGCCUCAUGAACAUUGCUUUUGUAUGUACUGCA